UACACUCGCCCCUUCUUCAAGAUGGCAGUCCUUGGCAUGUUCGACUACAUCUUCGCCUUCGGGUUGAUCUUUGCAUUCCUCGAUGCAUGGAAUAUCGGUGCCAACGAUGUCGCCAACUCGUUCGCGACGUCGGUGUCGUCCCGAUCGCUGACGAUGAAGCAAGCCAUGCUGAUAGCUACCGUGUGCGAAUUUGGAGGAGCUGUUUUGGCUGGUUCCCGUGUCGCCGACACGAUCCGAAACAAGGUCAUCAACGUCAAGGAGUUCGAUGACAACCCCUCUGUGCUGAUGUUGGGGAUGAUGUGCGCAUUGGUUGGAUCUUCGCUCUGGUUGACGCUAUCGACAAAGAUUGGUCUUCCGGUUUCAACUACGCACUCGAUUGUUGGCGGAAUCGUCGGUGUCGGUGUCGCUGCCCUUGGAGCCGAAGGUGUCUCUUGGGGAUGGAAUGGUGUCGCCUCCAUCUUCGCAGCUUGGUUCAUUGCUCCUGGUAUUGCGGGAGCAUUUGCGAUCAUCGUCUUCAUGAUUACUAAAUACGGUGUUCUCCAACGCAAGAAGCCCCUCCAGGCCGGUCUAAUGAUGAUCCCCGUCUACUUCGGUUUCACGGCGGCAGUCUUGACUUUGGUUAUUGUUUGGAAGGGUGCUGCCUCCUUGGACCUCGAUGACUGGACUGCGGGACAAAUUCUCGGCUGCACUUUUGGCGUUGCUGGUGGAGUGGUGGCCCUCUACUGCAUUUUCCUGUUACCCUUCCUCUACCGCCGCCUCGUGGUGGAUGACUGGACACUCAAGAACUGGGAAGUCAUCAAAGGUCCUCUGCUUUGGAAGCGUGGCCCUGUCCCUGAGGUCCCCGAGGGAGUCAGGAAGCAGGUUGUUCAAGAUUACUACCGAGGGCACGGCAACCCCCAUACCAACCCAAUCUUGGCUACCGAAAUCGCCGCGAACCCUCAGGAUGCUGCCGCUCAGGCCGAUCCGGAGAAGGUUGGCGGUGUCGCUGCCCCUGCUGGUUCCAGCUCAUCAGCUGCCUCUACCGAUGCUGCUACUGAGCCCAAGCUCUCGCAGUACGAACAAUUCCGUCAAGAUUGCUACCAACAUCCCGCCAAGAGUGUUCAAGGUAUCAUGGGUCGCGCCAAAUUCUUCAUCUUCCGCGGUGUAGAGCGCGAUCUCGUGGCCGAGCAAGUUGGUGAGAACGGCAAGCCCAAGGGUUUUGCCGCCUCCUACCUCGCCAAGGAUCUGAGCAAGAUGCAUGGGCACGUCCCCCACUACGACAACAAGACGGAACAUCUGUACUCUUUCCUUCAAGUCAUGACUGCCGCCACCGCCAGUUUUGCGCAUGGUGCUAACGAUGUCUCAAACGCUAUUGGGCCUCUCGCCGCCAUCUUCUUGAUUUGGAAUACCGGUGAGACGUCCUCCAAGUCUCCCGUCCCCAUUUGGAUCUUGGUCUUCGGAGGUGCCGCCAUCUCCAUCGGUCUCUGGACAUAUGGCUACAACCUCAUGAUCAACCUUGGCAACCGUCUGACGCUCCACUCGCCCUCGCGUGGUUUCUCCAUGGAGCUCGGUGCUGCCCUGACUGUCAUCUUGGCCACCCGUCUCGGUCUUCCCAUUUCUACCACUCAGUGCAUCACCGGAGCUACCGUCGGUGUCGGUCUUUGCUCGGGUACCUACAAGGCCAUCAACUGGAGGAUGAUCGCAUGGAUCUACAUGGGCUGGAUCAUCACUCUCCCCAUCGCGGGUAUCAUCUCCGGUGGCCUUAUGGGUAUCAUCAUCAACGCUCCUCGUUGGGGACUGCAGCCAAAUGAGAUCUAA